AUGCAGGACCUACUAGAUCAGGAGCUGGAACAGAUCGACAAGCUGCCCAAAUUGGGCCUUCAGUGGGUGGAAUACAGUGCCUAUGCGUUGGGGGUUAAUAUAGCGCCGAGGAAGCGCAGCUCCAAGUACUGCAGAUUAACCCGUAUUGUGGUGGUGAUAGUCAACCUGAGCAUCAUCUACAGUCUCGUGGCUUUCAUCAUGGAGAAUUACCACGUUUCCUUUGAGACCUAUGUAGAGGCCGUGCUACUUACCUUUCAACUGAGCGUUGGUGUGGUCAAAAUGUUUCACUUUCAGAGCUUUGUGGAUUCCUGCUCCCAGUUGGUAUACUCCACGGAGGCAGGAGAGGUUUUAAAAUCCCUGGGAAUCUUUGAUUUGGAUUUGCCGAAAAAACAGGAUCUACUAAAGUCAUUACGCCUUAUUUUGCUCAACAACUGGGUGAUUAUUGAUCGGCAGGUGAUGUUCUUUUUCAAGAUCGUCACUAUGCCUGUGCUAUACUACACCUUACGACCCUAUUUUCAAUAUAUCUUUGACUGCUAUAUUGUCAAGGAUACCUGUGAAAUGACUCUAACUUAUCCUGCCAUCGUUCCCUAUGUUCAGCUGGGAAAGUAUCAGUUUCCCUCUUAUGUAAUUCGCUUUUUGUUACAAUCGGGUCCACUUUGGUGCUUUUUUGCUGUCUUUGGUUUCAACAGCCUCUUUGUGGUUCUCACCAGGUAUGAGUCAGGUCUUAUUAAGGUUUUGCGUUUCCUGGUUCAGAAUUCCACCUCGGAUGUGUUGGUUCCUAGGGAUCAGAGAGUUAAAUACCUUCGUUGCUGUGUGAGGUUAUUUUCUCGUAUAAAAAGUCACCAUAACCAAGUGGAAAAUGUCUUCAAGUAUAUCAUCCUGGUUCAGUGCUCUGUCAGUAGCAUAUUGAUCUGCAUGCUGCUCUACAAGAUUAGCACAGUUUUGGAAGUGGGCUGGGUAUGGAUGGGCAUGAUUAUGGUUUACUUUGUGACCAUUACUCUGGAGAUCAGCUUGUACAAUCUCAGUGCCCAAAAGGUGGAAACCCAGAGCGAACUACUUUUCCAAGACUGGUACAAUUGUAAUUGGUAUAAUGAGUCCAAGGAAUUCAAGUUCAUGAUCAAAAUGAUGCUUCUCUUCACCCGCAAAACCUUUGUUCUCAGCGUUGGGGGUUUUACCAAUCUCUCCCACAAAUUCUUGGUUCAGGUAUUUCGGCUGAGCGCCAAUUUCUUUUUGCUGCUGCGAAACAUGAACAACAAAUAG